CCGAAAUAAUUUUGCAUAUUUUAUACGAUAAUUAUUACGUUUUUGUUGUUUCUAACUAUUUCGUAUAUAUAGGUAAUUUGUUUUAUAGAGUUUCUAUGUAAGACUUCGUAUACCACAAACGGUAAUUAAUAUUUUAAUUUUUAACCAUUAAUUUAAGAAAUUAUUCAAUAUCGUAAAUUUAAAGUGUACAAAAAGUUUAGGUGAUUAUUAGCGAAAUUAAUAAUUAUAUACAUGUAAAAAGGUGCUAUGAACUUAAUGUUGAGUAAAAUAUUUUCAUUUUAGUAGGUACCACACCGGCCAUCGAAUAAGACAUUUCCCAAUUGUAAGUCUUGUAUACUUUGAUAAGCAAGUUUUAUCGUCAAACAUAACUUUAUAAAGAAGAUUGCGUGAUCUAAAAAAAAAAUAACAAAAUGAAAUGGUUGCAAGAUCACGAAGUAGCAAUUAACUUGGCUUUAUUCAAGCGAUACCAAUUUUAUCAAAUAUUCAACCCAAACGGAUCAAAACUGUUAAAUUAUGACACUUACAAGCUCACAAAUGUCAUGUUUAUUGUGGCCGUUACGACUUACAACAUAUUUUCAGCAAUGUGCUUUUUCACAGAUACCGUAGACACCAUCGACAGUGUUGAUUUAUUACUAAUGAUAUUUAUAUACUCUAUUAUUAUAAUUUCUUUAUUGAAAAUUAGCGUUCUUCUAUUUAACGCAGAUCAAAUUUGGGAAUUGUUUGACCUGACGCGCUUUGAUUUUUUAACAAGCAGGCAGUGCCGCAAAAACGUCGGAAUACUCUGUAAAUAUCGCGAUAGAUCGAUAACGAUAACCAACUUAUACCAAAACUACAGCACCAUGGUAUUCAUCAUAUGGAUGAUCACUCCUCUGGUAUUAAACACUUUUGUGGUGGUCGGAGGCCCGAAUCAGCGUUAUCAUAACAUUUUCAACAUGCAGUAUCCGGUAUCCGCGAAUAUUUACAAUCAAUAUUAUUACCUAUUUUAUUUGAUGGAAAUAGCAAUGGGAAUAUUCGUUUUAAAUUAUUCGAUGAUCAUUGACAAUUUCCUAAUAUCGUUAUGUUGGGUUAUAAUUGCACAGUACGAAGUAAUUACCACAGCGUUCGAAAAGAUCGGAAACGACUGCGAACUGACAACCCUUCAAAACGAAAAAAAUAACAAUAGUUUUGAAGCAUAUGAAGAUCUUAAAUCAAUUUUAAUGGAUCAGAACAAAUUAUACAUAAAAUUGAAAUCGUUCUAUCGUGUGGUGUGGAUAAUAGUUAUAUUUUUGAUAAUUAUAGAUUCAGUUUUAUUAAUAAUAUUGACAUAUUCAUUUGUUAUGAUUUGUUCGUCAGCGGAAUCAUUUUCUAUUUUCAACAUACUUAAGAUCUCGACAGCAUUUUUUGUUUUUGUAAUUCAACUAUACUUAUACUGUUAUUUAUUUGACGUUCUAAAUGAUAAAAAAGAAUCCGUCAACUUUGGAUUAUAUUGUUGUGAUUGGACAAAAAUGGAUUUAAGAUUUAAAAAGUUAUUGUUAUUAGCCACGAAGUUCAAUAAUGCUAAUACAUUAAAGAUAAAAUCAACACCGAAUAAAAUCGUUAACUUACAACUAUUUUCUAGCGUGAUGACCACAGCCUUCAACAUUGUCACGGUCAUGCUCAAAACAAUGAAUGGAAAAAAUUAAUUUUAGUACGAAUUUAAAAUGUAAUCUAUAAUCUAUAUUCUAUAAUCGUAUAUACGCAUAGACACAUAAUAAUAAAUCAUGACUGUAUGCUGUAUGACACCUGUGCAGUGGCGCCGAACUAUAUUUUCAAAGGGGGGGCAAGUAAAAAGUUAUACGGACCACCACCUCCGUUUACGCUUGCUUCAGUGCUGCAUAUGUAUACAUUAAUAGCUUAUUAGGAACAUAAUUCAUAAGUUGUUUGCUGAGGUACCCACGGACCCCCACGACCUCACCCACAAAAAAAAAAGGGGGGGCGGUCGCCCCUCUUGGGUUAUAGGUUCGGCGCCACUGCACCUGUGAGAAGAAGAAUGAAUUGUUAUAUCUUCUCCCUGGGAAAAAUGUUUAGUACGUAGGUACCUACUACCUACGUAAGCCUCACAGCGCGCUUUAUUAUUAUCAAGUUCAGUGAAUUAGGAUUGGCUUGGCAAGUUUAAAUUUUUAAACAACAAUAAGUUAUUACCGUUACUGGUUCAAAGUGAAACGAGUGUCAUUCCACUUUAUUACCUACAUAAAUAAAUGAUAAUUCAUAGUACCUAAAGAUAAGUUUUGCUUUUUUCUUUCAAACACCAAAUCGCCAACAGUACCUACCUACUAAAUUUGUGAUACUAAUAUAGUAUUAGUAUAAUUAGGCUCAUUAAAUAUCACAUCACAAUUUGUAUCGUAUGUCAAUAUAUUCCAUAUACAUCACGAGAAACUACUGAAAACUUGUUAUAAAUGAACUACCAACUCAUUUAAAAAAAAAAAAUAAUAUGA